GUGUUUUGUGUCAAACUCCUUGCUCCCGAGAGUGUCCGAGGUUUGUUUUGAUAUUUUUUGAUUCAGCAGAGUUUCGUUGUGCAAAACGUUUAUUGUUUAUUGAUUAGUCGUAAUAAAUGAGCGCUAUGUCUGCGGGUGAAAUAAAGCAAUCAUUGAGAAAAUUGGAUUUUCCGGUAAAUGCGAAAGAGGCGCUAUGUCGAAUAGAAAUGCUGUGCGGCAGGUCAGGAAAACAAAUGGAUCUUCAAUCGGAGCUGAUGUCAGAAUUUGUUUUCGGAGAAAUAGACAGGCGAAAAAAACGUAACGUGCCUCAUGCGAUACAAGAAUUAAUAUUGAUCGAUGUUUUUAUUGAUUUCUUUGAAAGUCCUGGUGGAAGUCCUGCUGUGAGGAAUGCGGUUUUCUUGUCACUUUUUCCAGCGGAAACUCAGAGGCUCAAAAUUUUGGGAAAUCUGGUUUCUUUGAGCAUAGCCAUGCAGCAAAAAGCCGUUCUAAAUGCUGCAGGUAUCUGGAUGCAACAGUUGGGCUCUACCUCGACGCAGUGCGUGGGCUUGGCAAAGCACCUAAUAAAUGAUUACUUUGUUCUUAUACCUGAUUCAGCAGUGAGGCUCAAACCGCUUCCUAAUUUGGUUCCACAUUUUACUGCUAAUUUAUUAACAGCAAUUGGUGAAGUUUACAAAGAUACAAAUCCACCUAUAGAACUGUUACAAUUAGUGGGUGACUGGAUCAAUGAUAAUUCUAGCCUGCUACUAACUUCUCUAACGGAUAAUCCUGCACUUCCUACUGGUAGCAUUCCCAUGACUCCAAUAACACCGAUAGCAGGCCUCUUUAGGUGGUGUAUAUUAAGUCCACUGAGGAUACCGAAAGAAAGUGCAGAUAAGGAAGAACAACAAAAGUGUUAUUCGAAAAUACAACAGUUGUUGAUGGACGCCGUAUUGAGAUUAAAAAAUAAUGAGAGCAACAAGCACGCAAUUUCCGCCCAACAUUUAGCGUCAACUACUCGAGCGUUGACAGAUACGUUACAGGAUAAUGCUGAAUUGGAAACUGUUUGCAAAGAUCUCGCUAUGGAAAGGCUUGCUCAGUCAGUAAGUUCUGCAAUGUCUGCCAACUGUAUAUAUGGGAAUAAGCAGGAGUUGCUUGCUCUCCUACAGCCACUUGCUUAUCAGCACUUUUUAAUUGAAUGGACCCUUCAAACAUACACAUCUAAAGCUGCAUAAAUAUCAAACAGUCCUCCAUUGUAAAUUGGUAAAUUUGUACAUAAACAAAUAAUCGUUUAUCCAUAAAUUUAUUUACAAAACAAUACAAUAGUUAUUUUAC